AUGGCAUCGAAACCCCCCGCCUCCGAAAUCCACCGUGUCAUUGACCUCCUUAUUGACAACCUCAUAAACAUUCGCGACGACACGGGCCAAUUUCUCCUGCAUCUGAAAGAUGGCCGCACCAUCCAGGCAAAAUGCUGGAACGGCUGGGAAUGGACCCAUGGCAUCGGACUCGCUUUUACCGAAGGCGGCACUACCAAGAAUAUUAACACGAUGUCUGCCUUCCUGACUCUUGCCUAUGUCUAUGAAAAGACAGGUAAUCUUACCUAUUUCCCCUGGCUCGAUGCAUGGGGCGAAUGGGCGAUGCACGAGUUGCCACGCACCAAGUACGGUGGUAUGCAGCAUAUCACCUACGUCGCAGAGAAUGACCAGGAACUCUGGGAUGAUACACUUAUGAUGACUGUGAUGCCGCUUGCUAAAAUGGGAAAACUCCUUAAUCGACCCGAAUAUAUUGCUGAGGCAAAGCGACAAUGUCUUAUCCACGUAAAGUAUCUCUUCGACACAAAAACUGGUCUCUUCUUCCACGGCUGGCGAUUCGAGAGUGAUGGACAUAAGAACGGGGGGCACAAUUUUGCGGAUGCACGGUGGGCACGCGGGAAUAGUUGGUGCACCAUCGUUAUCCCAGAGAUCCUCGAAUUGCUGGAACUAGAGCCGAGUGAUCCUAUUCGGAUCCAUCUCUGUAAUACACUUGAGGCGCAGUGCGAAGCACUGCAGCGGUCCCAAUCUAUAUCGGGCGCUUGGCAUACGCUUAUCGAUCACCCGGACUCGUACCUAGAGGCAUCGGCGACUGCUGGAUUUGCGUAUGGUAUUCUGAAAGCUGUGCGGAGGCAGUACAUUGGGUCGCAGUACCGGGCCAUGGGAGAGAAGGCUAUCAGCUCUGUGCUGAAAGAUGUAGAUGAAAAGGGAGAGCUCCAGAACACUAGUUUUGGUACGCCCAUGGGCCAUGAUCUUCAGUUUUACAAGGAUAUCCCUCUUACUGCCAUGCCUAUAACUUCCACUGAUCCGACGAAGUCAGACCGUCAGUGUCGAAGACUCAUGAACGUAAAGUUAUGA